CUUAAAGACAGAGUCAGUAUUGAAAUCCACCCACCCCAAUCAUCUUCCUCCAUGUCUGAGAGUGAGUCACAGACUCAAAGGCAUGUGUAGUUGCUCGGGCCCUGGAUGAAGCAGUCCAGCUGUUGCCUUCCUGCAAAGGAGGGGGGAGUUGGAUUUCACAGGCUGCGGGAGCUGCAACUUCGCAACUUCGCUUGGAGUGUGGCAGGGCAGGAGGACUCCUGGCGGGGGCGACGAGGCACCUCUCUUCCUAACCUGAUGGGAGGAACUCUCCACUCAGCCUGACUUUGCGGCAGCGACACAUUUGUUUACUGACGCUCUGCAUGCUUCAGUUUGCAAGUGCUGCUUGGAGAAAAGGAAGGGGCUGGUCCCGGAGUGGCAUGCUUGAAUCUGUUUUAACUUCACCUCAACUUUUGAGAACUUUUGUUUGUUUCUUUUGGUCAAGAGGCUGGGGAGAGGCCAUGGCCCAGUGGUAGAGCACCUGAGGUCCCAAGUUCAAUCCCUAGCAUCGCCAGGUAGGGCUGGCAAUGUACCCCUACCAGAAACCCUGGAGAGACACUGCAAACCAGUGUAAACAAUAUUGAGCAAGAUGGACCAAGAGGCUGGCUCAGUACAAGGCAGAUUCCUACAUUCUUGAGGUGUGAAAGGUACGAGAACACACCAAGGUCCUUUAUCAGCUUCUGGCAGACAACUGAGACCAGAGGACACUGAGGCUGAUGGUGAGGCUGAUACGGAAGAUGAUUCUGUCAGCGAAGUGAGAACUGAAAACAUACGACCGAGACCACAAGGAUCCUCUCCUGUUUAUGAGUAUUGCAUAGAAGAUGAAUUUUUUAACAAAAAGCUUCAGCAAGAUAUAGAGAACAGACAAAGACGGGAUUCUUCUAUCAAAAUGAGCGAUUCGCAGGAAUCUAUGGAGGUGACCUUGCAAACAGAAGUGGAAUCUGGGGCAAGUGGAUUUAGUGUGGCCGGCGGAGGAGCCGAGGGGAUAUUUGUGAAGCAAGUGCUCAAAGAGUCCCCAGCAUCAAAGUUAUUCAGUCUGAGAGAAGGUGAUCAGCUACUGAGUGCCACGAUCUUUUUUGAUGAUAUCAAAUAUGAAGAUGCACUCAAGAUUCUGCAGCAUUCUGAGCCAUACAAAGUACAGUUCAAUCUUAAAAGAAAGUUGACUGGGAAGGAAGAUCUUGAAGCAAUACAUUUUGCAACACAAUCCAAAAAGGAAAAAUUGAGUCAGGGAAAGGAAACAUUGGAAAUACCAGAGAAGACAAUCACAGAAGAAGAUAAAGCAACCUUAAUUGUAAAACAAAGAGUUGGACGACCAAAAAGACCCAAGAAAGACAGACUCUCCUGGCCAAAAUUCCAGUCAAUGAAAGGUAAAAAGAUUUUGGAACAUAGGAGAUCUCGUAGCACAUCAGAUGCAUAUGAGCAUGGCAUUCCAGAUGUUUCUCCAACAAGCACAGACACAGAAUCACAAUUUCAGGCAGAAGAAAUUCAAGCAAAACUUAAAAAAGGAAGUCAAAAGAAAUUAAAAUUCCCCAGUAUUGGGUUCAAGAUGCAUAGAAGUAAACAGGAACCAGAGGAGAGGGCAAAAUAUGAAGCCAAACAUCUUACAGAGUAUGAAAAUGAUAAUGCCCAGGAAAUCCCAGGAAAAAUCACAGUAGAAUAUUCUACUUCACAGACUAAAGACAAAAAAAAAGGAGAGGUAGAGGACCUAAAAAGAGAUGUAAAAGAAACAAACUUUGAACUACCAUAUCAAUCAAAUAAAUGUCCUGAAGUUGAAUUAACUAUUAAAAAACACAAGGAAAAGAAACCGAAGUCCACACUCAUGACAAAACACUCAGAAACAACAGUAAUAACAUCACAGAUAGCAACACCAAUGUUACAAACAACUGAAAUACAAGAUAAGCAUACAAAUGAGUUAAUAAAACCAAAGAUACGUAAAAAAAAGCAGAAAGGAUCAACAGAAAAAAUGCAGGCAAAAAUAAAAAUGGACAACGAACAAGCAGAAAAACAAUCAAAAACAUUGGAUAGCAUACUGAAUAGCAUACCAGGAAAAACGUAUCAAAUUGAAGAAGAUUCAGAUCUCAUAUUACAAGCAACAGACAUAAAAAUCGCGACAGGCCAGGCUUCCACUGAAUUGAAAACUACAGGGUUCAAGACAGAGGCACCAUCAGUCGACACUGCAGACAUCGAAGGGGACGGGACGAAAAUACACAUACCAAAGUUCAAGAUGCCCAGCAUGGGUUUCUCCAAACCAGAAAUCAAAGGCCCCAAAGUCGAUGUAGACAUCAGCGAGCCUAAAGUUCACGUCACUCUUCCUGAUGUCAGUGUUACCAAGCAAGAGCUGAAAAUGGGGGACCUAGCGGCAGACAUCAGCCUCUCAGCACCUGAGGUAAAGCUUCCAACGGGCCAGGCUUCCUUGGAAUUGAAAGCUCCAGUGCUCCAGAUAGAGGCACCAUCAGCUGAGAUUGCUCUGGAGGGCAGUGAGGCAAAGCCGGAGGGCAUGGAUAGAAAGUUUAAAAUGCCUAAAUUCCAAAUGCCCAAGAUUGGAAUUUCGCUUCCCAAAGGGAAAGAAACUGCCAAAGGGGAAAUGACCUUACCUUCCGUGGAAGUGGACAAAUCCAUGCCGGACCUUAAAGCUGAGGUGACACUGCCCUCAAUGGACAUUGGGGCUGACGUGAAGGUGCCAGGAGCCGACAUAUGGGCACCUACUGUGGAAGUGGAGGUUGGUGAGAAAGGCAAAAUCAAGACGCCCGAUGUCAAGAUGCCCAGUGUCCAAGUCCCCAAACUGAAGACUCCUCAAGUGGGGGUCACCCUGCCAAAGGUCGAGGCAGAUGUCUCCCUCCCCAAAGCAAAAGUCACUGUGCCAGAGGCAGAGAUCUCCGUCAAGGUGCCUGAUGCAGAAGGCAGCAUCGAAGGAGGCGGGAUGAAAAUACACAUGCCAAAGUUCAAGAUGCCCAGCAUGGGUUUCUCCAAACCAGAAAUCAAAGGCCCCAAAGUCGAUGUGGACGUCAGCCUGCCUAAAGUCGGCGUCACUCUUCCUGAUGUUCGCAUUACCAAGCCCGAGUUGAAAACAGGGGACCUGGCGGCAGACAUCAGCCUCUCCGCACCUGAGGUAAAGCUUCCAACGGGCCAGGCUUCCUUGGAACUGAAAGCUCCAGAGCUCCAGAUAGAGGCACCAUCCGCCGAGAUUGCUCUGGAGGGUGGUGGGGCGAAGCUGGAGGGCACAGACAGUAAGUUUAAGAUGCCUAAAUUCCAAAUGCCCAAAUUUGGAAUUUCGCUUCCCAAAGGGAAAGCAGCUGCCGAAGGGGAAAUCACCUUACCUUCCGUGGAAGCCGACGUGUCCAUGCCGGAACUGAAAGCGAAGGUGACACUGCCGUCUGUGGGUGUCGGGGCUGACGUGAAGGUGCCAGGAACCGACAUACGGGCACCUGGUGUGGAAGUGGAAGUUGGUGAGAAAGGCAAAAUCAAGAUGCCCGAUGUCAAGAUGCCCGAUGUCAAGAUGCCGAGUGUCAAAGUCCCCAAUCUGAAGACUCCUCAAGUGGGGGUCACCCUGCCAAAGGUCGAGGCGGAUGUCUCCAUCCCCAAAGCAAGAGUUGCGGUGCCAGAGGCAGAGGUCUCCGUCAAGGUGCCCGAUGCAGAAGGCAGCAUCGAAGGGGGCGGGAUGAAAAUACACAUGCCAAAGUUCAAGAUGCCCAGCAUGGGUUUCUCCAAACCAGAAAUCAAAGGCCCCAAAGUCGAUGUGGACAUCAGCCUGCCUAAAGUCGACAUCAGUCUUCCUGAUGUUGGUGUUACCAAGCCCGAACUGAAAACGGCGGACCUGGCGGCAGACAUCAGCCUCUCAGCACCUGAGGUAAAGCUUCCAACGGGCCAGGCUUCCUUGGAACUGAAAGCUCCAGAGCUCCAGAUGGAGGCACCAUCCGCCGAGAUUGCUCUGGAGGGUGGUGGGGUGAAGCUGGAGGGCACGGACAGUAAGUUUAAGAUGCCUAAACUCCAAAUGCCCAAGUUUGGAAUUUCACUUCCCAAAGGGAAAGCAGCCGCCGAAGGGGAAAUCACCUUACCUUCCGUGGAAGCCGAUAUGUCCAUGCCGGACCUGAAAUCGAAGGUGACACUGCCGUCUUUGGGCCUCGGGGCUGACGUGAAGGUGCCAGGAACCGACAUACGGGCACCUGGUGUGGAAGUGGAAGUUGGUGAGAAAAGCAAAAUCAAGAUGCCUGAUGUCAAGAUGCCCAGUGUCAAAGUCCCCAAACUGAAGACUCCUCAAGAGGGGGUCACCCUGCCAAAGGUUGAGGUGGAUGUCUCCCUCCCCAAAGCAAAGGUUGCGGUGCCAGAGGCAGAGGUCUCCAUCAAGGUGCCCGACACAGAAGGCAGCAUCGAAGGAGGCGGGAUGAAAAUACACAUGCCAAAGUUCAAGAUGCCCAGCAUGGGUUUCUCCAAACCAGAAAUCAAAGGCCCCAAAGUCGAUGUGGACAUCAGCCUGGCUAAAGCCGACAUCAGUCUUCCUGAUGUCAGCGUUACGAAGCCCGAGCUGAAAAUGGGGGACCAGGUGGCAGACAUCAGCCUCUCAGCACCUGAGGUAAAGCUUCCAAUGGGCCAGGCUUCCUUGGAAUUCAAAGCUCCAGAGCUCCAGAUAGAGGCACCAUCUGCCGAGAUUACUCUGGUGGGAGGUGAGGUGAAGCUGGAGGGCAUGGACAGUAAGUUUAAGAUGCCUAAACUCCAAAUGCCCAAGUUUGGAAUUUCACUUCCCAAAGAGAAAGCAGCUGCCAAAGGGGAAAUCACCUUACCUUCCGUGGAAGCGGACGUAUCCAUGCCAGACCUGAGAGCCGAGGUGACACUGCCAUCUGUGGGCCUCGGGGCUGACGUGAAGGCGCCAGGAGCCGACAUACGGGCACCCGGUGUGGAAGUGGAAGUUGGUGAGAAAGGCAAAAUCAAGAUUCCCGAUGUCAAGAUGCCCAGUGUCAAAGUCCCCAAACUGAAGACUCCUCAAGUGGGGGUCACCCUGCCAAAGGUCGAGGCAGAUGCCUCCCUCCCGAAAGCAAAAGUCGCGAUGCCAGAGGCAGAGGUCUCCGUCAAGGUGCCCGACGCAGAAGGCAGCAUCGAAGGAGGUGGGAUGAAAAUACACAUGCCAAAGUUCAAGAUGCCCAGCAUGGGUUUCUCCAAACCAGAAAUCAAAGGCCCCAAAGUUGAUGUGGACGUCAGCCUGCCGAAAGUCGACAUCAGUCUUCCUGAUGUCAUCGUUACCAAGCCCGAGCUGAAAACAGGGGACCUGGCGGCAGACAUCAGCCUCUCAGCACCUGAGGUAAAGCUUCCAACGGGCCAGGCUUCCUUGGAACUGAAAGCUCCAGAGCUCCAGAUAGAGGCACCAUCCCCCGAGAUUGCUCUGGAGGGCGGUGAGGCGAAGCUGGAGGGCACGGACAGUAAGUUUCAGAUGCCUAAAUUCCAAAUGCCCAAGUUUGGAAUUUCACUUCCCAAAGGGAAAGCAGCUGCUGAAGGGGAAAUCACCUUACCUUCCGUGGAAGCAGACAUAUCCAUGCCAGACCUGAAAGCCGAGGUGACACUGCCAUCUGUGGGCCUCGGGGCUGACGUGAAGGUGCCAGGAGCCGACAUACGGGCACCCGGUGUGGAAGUGGAAGUUGGUGAGAAAGGCAAAAUCAAGAUGCCCGAUGUCAAGAUGCCCAGUGUCAAAGUCCCCAAACUGAAGACUCCUCAAGUGGGGGUCACCCUGCCAAAGGUCGAGGCAGAUGGCUCCAUCCCCAAAGCAAAAGUCACUGUGCCAGAGGCAGAGGUCUCCGUCAAGGUGCCCGAUGCGGAAGGCAGCAUCGAAGGGGGCGGGAUGAAAAUACACAUGCCAAAGUUCAAGAUGCCCAGCAUGGGUUUCUCCAAACCAGAAAUCAAAGGCCCCAAAGUCGAUGUGGACGUCAGCCUGCCUAAAGUCGGCGUCACUCUUCCUGAUGUCAGCGUUACCAAGCCCGAGCUGAAAACAGGGGACCUGGCGGCAGACAUCAGCCUCUCAGCACCUGAGGUAAAGCUUCCAACGGGCCAGGCUUCCUUGGAACUGAAAGCUCCAGAGCUCCAGAUAGAGGCACCAUCCGCCAAGAUUGCUCUGGAGGGCGGUGAGGCGAAGCUGGAGGGCACGGACAGUAAAUUUAAGAUGCCUAAAUUCCAAAUGCCCAAGUUUGGAAUUUCACUUCCCAAAGGGAAAGCAGCUGCUGAAGGGGAAAUCACCUUACCUUCCGUGGAAGCAGACAUAUCCAUGCCAGACCUGAAAGCCGAGGUGACACUGCCAUCUGUGGGCCUCGGGGCUGACGUGAAGGUGCCAGGAGCCGACAUACGGGCACCCGGUGUGGAAGUGGAAGUUGGUGAGAAAGGCAAAAUCAAGAUGCCCGAUGUCAAGAUGCCCAGUGUCAAAGUCCCCAAACUGAAGACUCCUCAAGUGGGGGUCACCCUGCCAAAGGUCGAGGCAGAUGGCUCCAUCCCCAAAGCAAAAGUCACUGCGCCAGAGGCAGAGGUCUCCGUCAAGGUGCCCGAUGCGGAAGGCAGCAUCGAAGGGGGCGGGAUGAAAAUACACAUGCCAAAGUUCAAGAUGCCCAGCAUGGGUUUCUCCAAACCAGAAAUCAAAGGCCCCAAAGUCGAUGUGGACGUCAGCCUGCCUAAAGUCGGCGUCACUCUUCCUGAUGUCAGCGUUACCAAGCCCGAGCUGAAAACAGGGGACCUGGCGGCAGACAUCAGCCUCUCAGCACCUGAGGUAAAGCUUCCAACGGGCCAGGCUUCCUUGGAACUGAAAGCUCCAGAUCUCCAGAUAGAGGCACCAUCCGCCAAGAUUGCUCUGGAGGGCGGUGAGGCGAAGCUGGAGGGCACGGACAGUAAAUUUAAGAUGCCUAAAUUCCAAAUGCCCAAGUUUGGAAUUUCACUUCCCAAAGGGAAAGCAGCUGCCGAAGGGGAAAUCAUCUUACCUUCUGUGGAAGCGGACGUAUCCAUGCCAGACCUGAAAGCCGAGGUGACACUGCCGUCUGUGGGCCUCAGGGCUGACGUGAAGGUGCCAGGAGCUGACAUACGGGCACCCGGUGUGGAAGUGGAAGUUGGUGAGAAAGGCAAAAUCAAGAUGCCCGAUGUCAAGAUGCCCAGUGUCAAAGUCCCCAAACUGAAGACUCCUCAAGUGGGGGUCACCCUGCCAAAGGUCGAGGCAGAUGUCUCCAUCCCCAAAGCAAAAGUCGCUGUGCCAGAGGCAGAGGUCUCCGUCAAGGUGCCCGAUGCAGAAGGCAGCAUCGAAGGGGGCGGGAUGAAAAUACACAUGCCAAAGUUCAAGAUGCCCAGCAUGGGUUUCUCCAAACCAGAAAUCAAAGGCCCCAAAGUCGAUGUGGACGUCAGCCUGCCUAAAGUCGGCGUCACUCUUCCUGAUGUCAGCGUUACCAAGCCCGAGCUGAAAACAGGGGACCUGGUGGCAGACAUCAGCCUCUCAGCACCUGAGGUAAAGCUUCCAACGGGCCAGGCUUCCUUGGAACUGAAAGCUCCAGAGCUCCAGAUAGAGGCACCAUCCGCCGAGAUUGCUCUGGAGGGCGGUGAGGCGAAGCUGGAGGGCACGGACAGUAAAUUUAAGAUGCCUAAAUUCCAAAUGCCCAAGUUUGGAAUUUCACUUCCCAAAGGGAAAGCAGCUGCCGAAGGGGAAAUCAUCUUACCUUCUGUGGAAGCGGACGUAUCCAUGCCGGACCUGAAAGCCGAGGUGACACUGCCGUCUGUGGGCCUCGGGGCUGACGUGAAGGUGCCAGGAGCUGACAUACGGGUACCCGGUGUGGAAGUGGAAGUUGGUGAGAAAGGCAAAAUCAAGAUGCCCAAUGUCAAGAUGCCCAGUGUCAAAGUCCCCAAACUGAAGACUCCUCAAGUGGGGGUCACCCUGCCAAAGGUCGAGGCAGAUGUCUCCAUCCCCAAAGCAAAAGUCGCUGUGCCAGAGGCAGAGGUCUCCGUCAAGGUGCCCGAUGCAGAAGGCAGCAUCGAAGGGGGCGGGAUGAAAAUACACAUGCCAAAGUUCAAGAUGCCCAGCAUGGGUUUCUCCAAACCAGAAAUCAAAGGCCCCAAAGUCGAUGUGGACGUCAGCCUGCCUAAAGUCGGCGUCACUCUUCCUGAUGUCAGCGUUACCAAGCCCGAGCUGAAAACAGGGGACCUGGCGGCAGACAUCAGCCUCUCAGCACCUGAGGUAAAGCUUCCAACGGGCCAGGCUUCCUUGGAACUGAAAGCUCCAGAGCUCCAGAUAGAGGCACCAUCCGCCAAGAUUGCUCUGGAGGGCGGUGAGGCGAAGCUGGAGGGCACGGACAGUAAAUUUAAGAUGCCUAAAUUCCAAAUGCCCAAGUUUGGAAUUUCACUUCCCAAAGGGAAAGCAGCUGCCGAAGGGGAAAUCACCUUACCUUCUGUGGAAGCAGACAUAUCCAUGCCAGACCUGAAAGCCGGGGUGACACUGCCGUCUGUGGGCCUCGGGGCUGACGUGAAGGUGCCAGGAGCUGACAUACGGGUACCCGGUGUGGAAGUGGAAGUUGGUGAGAAAGGCAAAAUCAAGAUGCCCAAUGUCAAGAUGCCCAGUGUCAAAGUCCCCAAACUGAAGACUCCUCAAGUGGGGGUCACCCUGCCAAAGGUCGAGGCAGAUGUCUCCAUCCCCAAAGCAAAAGUCGCUGUGCCAGAGGCAGAGGUCUCCGUCAAGGUGCCCGAUGCAGAAGGCAGCAUCGAAGGGGGCGGGAUGAAAAUACACAUGCCAAAGUUCAAGAUGCCCAGCAUGGGUUUCUCCAAACCAGAAAUCAAAGGCCCCAAAGUCGAUGUGGAUGUCAGCCUGCCUAAAGUCGGCGUCACUCUUCCUGAUGUCAGCGUUACCAAGCCCGAGCUGAAAACAGGGGACCUGGCGGCACACAUCAGCCUCUCAGCACCUGAGGUAAAGCUUCCAACGGGCCAGGCUUCCUUGGAACUGAAAGCUCCAGAGCUCCAGAUAGAGGCACCAUCCGCCAAGAUUGCUCUGGAGGGCGGUGAGGCGAAGCUGGAGGGCACGGACAGUAAAUUUAAGAUGCCUAAAUUCCAAAUGCCCAAGUUUGGAAUUUCACUUCCCAAAGGGAAAGCAGCUGCCGAAGGGGAAAUCAUCUUACCUUCUGUGGAAGCGGACGUAUCCAUGCCGGACCUGAAAGCCGAGGUGACACUGCCGUCUGUGGGCCUCGGGGCUGACGUGAAGGUGCCAGGAGCUGACAUACGGGUACCCGGUGUGGAAGUGGAAGUUGGUGAGAAAGGCAAAAUCAAGAUGCCCAAUGUCAAGAUGCCCAGUGUCAAAGUCCCCAAACUGAAGACUCCUCAAGUGGGGGUCACCCUGCCAAAGGUCGAGGCAGAUGUCUCCAUCCCCAAAGCAAAAGUCGCUGUGCCAGAGGCAGAGGUCUCCGUCAAGGUGCCCGAUGCAGAAGGCAGCAUCGAAGGGGGCGGGAUGAAAAUACACAUGCCAGAGUUCAAGAUGCCCAGCAUGGGUUUCUCCAAACCAGAAAUCAAAGGCCCCAAAGUCGAUGUGGACGUCAGCCUGCCUAAAGUCGGCGUCACUCUUCCUGAUGUCAGCGUUACCAAGCCCGAGCUGAAAACAGGGGACCUGGUGGCAGACAUCAGCCUCUCAGCACCUGAGGUAAAGCUUCCAACGGGCCAGGCUUCCUUGGAACUGAAAGCUCCAGAGCUCCAGAUAGAGGCACCAUCCCCCGAGAUUGCUCUGGAGGGCGGUGAGGCGAAGCUGGAGGGCACGGAAAGUAAGUUUGAGAUGCCUAAAUUCCAAAUGCCCAAGUUUGGAAUUUCACUUCCCAAAGGGAAAGCAGCUGCCGAAGGGGAAAUCACCUUACCUUCCGUGGAAGCAGACAUAUCCAUGCCAGACCUGAAAGCCGGGGUGACACUGCCGUCUGUGGGCCUCGCGGCUGACGUGAAGGUGCCAGGAGCCGACAUACGGGCACCCGGUGUGGAAGUGGAAGUUGGUGAGAAAGGCAAAAUCAAGAUGCCCGAUGUCAAGAUGCCCAGUGUCAAAGUCCCCAAACUGAAGACUCCUCAAGUGGGGGUCACCCUGCCAAAGGUCGAGGCAGAUGUCUCCAUCCCCAAAGCAAAAGUCGCUGUGCCAGAGGCAGAGGUCUCCGUCAAGGUGCCCGAUGCAGAAGGCAGCAUCGAAGGGGGCGGGAUGAAAAUACACAUGCCAAAGUUCAAGAUGCCCAGCAUGGGUUUCUCCAAACCAGAAAUCAAAGGCCCCAAAGUCGAUGUGGACGUCAGCCUGCCUAAAGUCGGCGUCACUCUUCCUGAUGUCAGCGUUACUAAGCCCGAGCUGAAAACAGGGGACCUGGCGGCAGACAUCAGCCUCUCAGCACCUGAGGUAAAGCUUCCAACGGGCCAGGCUUCCUUGGAACUGAAAGCUCCAGAGCUCCAGAUAGAGGCACCAUCCGCCAAGAUUGCUCUGGAGGGCGGUGAGGCGAAGCUGGAGGGCACGGACAGUAAAUUUAAGAUGCCUAAAUUCCAAAUGCCCAUGUUUGGAAUUUCACUUCCCAAAGGGAAAGCAGCUGCCGAAGGGGAAAUCAUCUUACCUUCUGUGGAAGCGGACGUAUCCAUGCCGGACGUGAAAGCCGAGGUGACACUGCCGUCUGUGGGCCUCGGGGCUGACGUGAAGGUGCCAGGAGCCGACAUACGGGUACCCGGUGUGGAAGUGGAAGUUGGUGAGAAAGGCAAAAUCAAGAUGCCCGAUGUCAAGAUGCCCAGUGUCAAAGUCCCCAAACUGAAGACUCCUCAAGUGGGGGUCACCCUGCCAAAGGUCAAGGCAGAUGUCUCCAUCCCCAAAGCAAAAGUAGCUGUGCCAGAGGCAGAGGUCUCCGUCAAGGUGCCCGAUGCAGAAGGCAGCAUCGAAGGGGGUGGGAUGAAAAUACACAUGCCAGAGUUCAAGAUGCCCAGCAUGGGUUUCUCCAAACCAGAAAUCAAAGGCCCCAAAGUCGAUGUGGACGUCAGCCUGCCUAAAGUCGGCGUCACUCUUCCUGAUGUCAGCGUUACCAAGCCCGAGCUGAAAACAGGGGACCUGGUGGCAGACAUCAGCCUCUCAGCACCUGAGGUAAAGCUUCCAACGGGCCAGGCUUCCUUGGAACUGAAAGCUCCAGAGCUCCAGAUAGAGGCACCAUCCGCCAAGAUUGCUCUGGAGGGCGGUGAGGCGAAGCUGGAGGGCACAGACAGUAAAUUUAAGAUGCCUAAAUUCCAAAUGCCCAAGUUUGGAAUUUCACUUCCCAAAGGGAAAGCAGCUGCCGAAGGGGAAAUCAUCUUACCUUCUGUGGAAGCGGACGUAUCCAUGCCGGACCUGAAAGCCGAGGUGACACUGCCGUCUGUGGGCCUCGGGGCUGACGUGAAGGUGCCAGGAGCCGACAUACAGGUACCCGGUGUGGAAGUGGAAGUUGGUGAGAAAGGCAAUAUCAAGAUGCCCGAUGUCAAGAUGCCCAGUGUCAAAGUCCCCAAACUGAAGACUCCUCAAGUGGGGGUCACCCUGCCAAAGGUCGAGGCAAAUGUCUCCAUCCCCAAAGCAAAAGUCGCUGUGCCAGAGGCAGAGGUCUCCGUCAAGGUGCCCGAUGCAGAAGGCAGCAUCGAAGUGGGCGGGAUGAAAAUACACAUGCCAAAGUUCAAGAUGCCCAGCAUGGGUUUCUCCAAACCAGAAAUCAAAGGCCCCAAAGUCGAUGUGGACGUCAGCCUGCCCAAAGUCGGCGUCACUCUUCCUGAUGUCAGCGUUACCAAGCCCAAGCUGAAAACAGGGGACCUGGCGGCAGACAUCAGCCUCUCAGCACCUGAGGUAAAGCUUCCAACGGGCCAGGCUUCCUUGGAACUGAAAGCUCCAGAGCUCCAGAUAGAGGCACCAUCCGCCAAGAUUGCUCUGGAGGGCGGUGAGGCGAAGCUGGAGGGCACGGACAGUAAAUUUAAGAUGCCUAAAUUCCAAAUGCCCAAGUUUGGAAUUUCACUUCCCAAAGGGAAAGCAGCUGCCGAAGGGGAAAUCAUCUUACCUUCUGUGGAAGCGGACGUAUCCAUGCCGGACCUGAAAGCCGAGGUGACACUGCCGUCUGUGGGCCUCGGGGCUGACGUGAAGGUGCCAGGAGCCGACAUACGGGUACCCAGUGUGGAAGUGGAAGUUGGUGAGAAAGGCAAAAUCAAGAUGCCCGAUGUCAAGAUGCCCAGUGUCAAAGUCCCCAAACUGAAGACUCCUCAAGUAGGGGUCACCCUGCCAAAGGUCAAGGCAGAUGUCUCCAUCCCCAAAGCAAAAGUCGCUGUGCCAGAGGCAGAGGUCUCCGUCAAGGUGCCCGAUGCAGAAGGCAGCAUCGAAGGGGGCGGGAUGAAAAUACACAUGCCAGAGUUCAAGAUGCCCAGCAUGGGUUUCUCCAAACCAGAAAUCAAAGGCCCCAAAGUCGAUGUGGACGUCAGCCUGCCUAAAGUCGGCGUCACUCUUCCUGAUGUCAGCGUUACCAAGUCCGAGCUGAAAACAGGGGACCUGGUGGCAGACAUCAGCCUCUCAGCACCUGAAGUAAAGCUUCCAACGGGCCAGGCUUCCUUGGAACUGAAAGCUCCAGAGCUCCAGAUAGAGGCACCAUCCCCCGAGAUUGCUCUGGAGGGCGGUGAGGCGAAGCUGGAGGGCACGGACAGUAAGUUUGAGAUGCCUAAAUUCCAAAUGCCCAAGUUUGGAAUUUCACUUCCCAAAGGGAAAGCAGCUGCCGAAGGGGAAAUCACCUUACCUUCCGUGGAAGCAGACAUAUCCAUGCCAGACCUGAAAGCCGAGGUGACACUGCCAUCUGUGGGCCUCGGGGCUGACGUGAAGGUGCCAGGAGCCGACAUACGGGCACCCAGUGUGGAAGUGGAAGUUGGUGAGAAAGGCAAAAUCAAGAUGCCCAAUGUCAAGAUGCCCAGUGUCAAAGUCCCCAAACUGAAGACUCCUCAAGUGGGGGUCACCCUGCCAAAGGUCGAGGCAGAUGUCUCCAUCCCCAAAGCAAAAGUCGCUGUGCCAGAGGCAGAGGUCUCCGUCAACGUGCCCGAUGCAGAAGGCAGCAUCGAAGGGGGUGGGAUGAAAAUACACAUGCCAAAGUUCAAGAUGCCCAGCAUGGGUUUCUCCAAACCAGAAAUCAAAGGCCCCAAAGUCGAUGUGGACGUCAGCCUGCCUAAACUCGGCGUCACUCUUCCUGAUGUCAGCGUUACCAAGCCCGAGCUGAAAACAGGGGACCUGGCGGCAGACAUCAGCCUCUCAGCACCUGAGGUAAAGCUUCCAACGGGCCAGUCUUCCUUGGAACUGAAAGCUCCAGAGCUCCAGAUAGAGGCACCAUCCGCCAAGAUUGCUCUGGAGGGCGGUGAGGCGAAGCUGGAGGGCACGGACAGUAAAUUUAAGAUGCCUAAAUUCCAAAUGCCCAAGUUUGGAAUUUCACUUCCCAAAGGGAAAGCAGCUGCCAAAGGGGAAAUCAUCUUACCUUCUGUGGAAGCGGACGUAUCCAUGCCAGACCUGAAAGCCGAGGUGACACUGCCGUCUGUGGGCCUCGGGGCUGACGUGAAGGUGCCAGGAGCCGACAUACGGGUACCCGGUGUGGAAGUGGAAGUUGGUGAGAAAGGCAAAAUCAAGAUUCCCGAUGUCAAGAUGCCGAGUGUCAAAGUCCCCAAACUGAAGACUCCUCAAGUGGGGGUCACCCUGCCAAAGGUCGAGGCAGAUGUCUCCAUCCCCAAAGCAAAAGUCACAGUGCCAGAGGCAGAGGUCUCCAUCAAGGUGCCUGACGCAGAAGGCAGCAUUGAAGGGGGCGGGAUGAAAAUACACAUGCCAAAGUUCAAGAUGCCCAGCAUGGGUUUCUCCAAACCAGAAAUCAAAGGCCCCAAAGUCGAUGUGGACGUCAGCCUGCCUAAAGUCGGCGUCACUCUUCCUGAUGUCAGCGUUACCAAGUCCGAGCUGAAAACAGGGGACCUGGCGGCAGACAUCAGCCUCUCAGCACCUGAGGUAAAGCUUCCAAUGGGCCAGGCUUCCUUGGAACUGAAAGCUCCAGAACUCCAGAUAGAGGCACCAUCCGCCGAGAUUGCUCUGGAGGGUGGUGAGGUGAAGCUGGAGGGCGCGGACAGUAAGUUUAAAAUGCCUAAAUUCCAAAUGCCCAAGUUUGGAAUUUCACUUCCCAAAGGGAAAGCAGCUGCCGAAGGGGAAAUCACCUUACCUUCCAUGGAAGCGGACGUGUCCAUACCGAACCUUAAAGCCGAGGUGACACUCCCCUCUGUGGGCAUUGGGGCAGACGUGAAGGUGCCAGGACCCGACAUACGGGCACCCAGUUGGGAAGUGGAGGCUGGUGAGAAAGGGAAAAUCAAAAUGCCUGAUGUCAAGCUGCCAAGUGCCGAAUUCCACAAACUGAAGACUGCUGACGUGGGGGUCACCCUGCCAAAGGUCGAGGCAGAGGUCUCCCUCCCCAAAGGAAAAGUCCACAUGCCAGAGGCAGAGGUCUCUGUCAAGGUGCCCGACGCAGAAGGGAGCAUCGAAAGGAGCGGGAUCAAAAUACACAUGCCAAAGUUCAAGAUGCCCAGCAUGGGUUUUUCCAAACGAGAAAUCAAAGGCCCCAAAGUCGAUGUGGACAUCAGCCUGCCUAAAGUCGAUGUCACUCUUCCUGAUGUCAGUGUUACUAAAUCCGAGCUCAAAUCGGGGGACCUGGCAGCAGACAUCAGCCUCUCAGCUCCUGAAGUAAAGCUUCCAACGGGCCAGGCUUCCUUGAAAUUGAAAGCUCCAGAGCUCCAGAUAGAGGCACCAUCCGCCGAGAUUGCUCUGGAGGGCGGAGAGGCAAAGCUGGAGGGCACGGAUAGAAAGUUUAAAAUGCCUAAAUUCCAAAUGCCCAAGUUUGGAAUUUCACUUCCCAAAGGGAAAGCAGCUGCCGAAGGGGAAAUCACCUUACCUUCCAUGAAAACAGACAUGUCCAUGCCGGACCUGAAAGCCGAGGUGACACUGCUCUCUGUGGGUGUCGGGGCUGAUGUGAAGGUGCCAGGAGCUGAGAUACGGGUACCCAGUGUGGAAGUGGAGGUCGGUGAGGAAGGAAAAAUCAAAAUGCUUGAUGUCAAGCUGCCGAGUGUCAAAGUCCCCAAACUGAAGACUCCUCAAGUGGGGGUCACCCUGCCAAAGGUUGAGGCGGAUGUUUCGCUCCCCAAAGCAAAAGUCACGGUGCCAGAGGCAGAUGUCUCUGUUAAGGUCCCCGACGCAGAAGGCAGCAUCGAAGGAGGCGGGAUGAACAUACACAUGCCAAAGUUCAAGAUGCCCAGCAUGGGUUUCUCCAAACCAGAAAUCAAAGCCCCCAAAGUCAAUGUAAAUGUCAGCCUGCCUAACGUCGAUGUCACUCUUCCUGAUGUUAGCAUUACCAAGUCCGAGAUGAAAACGGGGGACCUGGCAGCAGACAUCAGCCUCUCAGCACCUGAGGUAAAGCUUCCAACUGGCCAGGCUUCCUUGGAACUGAAAGCUCCAGAGCUCCAGAUAGAGGCACCAUCCGCCAAGAUUGCUCUGGAGGGCGGUGAGGCGAAAAUGGAGGGCACAGACAGUAAGUUUAAAAUCCCUGAAUUCCAAGUGCCUAAGUUUGGAAUUUCACUUACUAAAGUUGACAUUGACAUUCCCGACAUUGAUACUGAACUGCAAGUUACAGAUAUCAGAAAAUCUGAAGCACCUGAAAUAGAUUCAGGUGUUUCAGGUCUAAAAAUGCAGAUUUCAUCAGUGAAAGUUCUCCAAAUGCCAAGAGCUGGUAUUAAAAAAUCAGAGAUAGAUGUCCUUCCAUCUAUAGAUAUUUCUGUCGCAAAGUCAGAGGCUAACAUCCAAGGACCAGAUUUAGAAAGCAAAGAUAAAAGAACUGAAACUGAUGAAAAGGAAACCGUAGAAAAAGCAAGUAAAUUUAAAAUGCCGAAAUUCAAGCUGCCAUCAUUUAGCCGGUCUCCAAAAAAAGAAGCAAGUGUUUCUGCAGAUACUGAUGAAGAGCCCUCAUUUGCAGUUUCAACCAGUGAAAAAGAAUCUGAAUUAACACUCACUAUAGAGGAAACUGAAGGCCAAAUUGAAGAACUGGAGGGACUUAUGUCUAUUGAUAAAGACUCUGAGAAAACUAAAAUUAGAAGACCUCAGUUUACCAUGCCAAAAAUAUCCCUUCCAAAAAUAAAGAGUCAUAAAGCUGAAAUAUCUGCACCACAGCUGGAUACAGACAUGACAGCGUCUAUAAAAGAGGAAAGAGAGAUUUCACUACAAAUACCAGACAAAGAAAUCAGUGGUGGUGAUCCUAAAAAAGGCAUUAAAAUACCCAAAGGUAAGCUUCCAAGCCUAGAAAUUUCCAGGCCAGAAAUUAAAGCUCCUAAAGUGGGCAUGGAGGUCAGUUUACCUAAAAGUGAUGUCAAACCUCCUACACUUGAUGUCAGUCUUUCACAACCAGAAUUAAAAGCAGGUGUUAUUGGUGAUGAUAGUACUAAAUCAAUGACAGAAAUUAAGGUCCCUAUGGUAAAAGGUUUAGAAGUAGGAAUGGAAGCACCAUCCACUGAUAUCUCUGUAGAUGGAGCAGAUAUAAAAGUUGAAGGUGUGGACUGGAAGAUGAAAAGGCCAAAAUUCCAAAUGCCUAAGUUUGGGAUUUCAUUUUCUAAAGGAAAAGCUCCAGAAACUGAUAUUAGUCUACCAUCUGAGAAUGCAGAUGUUCCCCAGCUGAAAACAACAGCAGAUAUUGCUGAUAUUGCAGUUGAAGCUCCAACACUUGAAGCUGAGCAUGACAUGGCUGGUUCAGGAAAAACUGUUCUGGAAGGGAAAAUAAAAAUGCCACAAAUUCCUAAAGCAGACCUUAAGACCCCAGCAACAGACAUAAGAUUACCAUCAGUUGGACUUUUUGUGGCACAGCCAGAGAGGGAGGCUCCAGAUUCAGAUGCUACAGAAAAGGAAGCCAAUUUUGAGGGAGAUAUAAAGGCUGGAAGUAUAGAUGCAGAAGAAAAAGAAAGCCAUGUCAAAAUGCCAAAAUUCAAAUUGCCAUCAUUUAAUUGGUCACCUAAAAAAGAAACAAGCCUUAAAACAGCCACAAAAGAACCUCCAGAAGAACCUAAACUGACUAUCUUAUCAGGUGAUACAGAUGCAGAACUAACAGCAGUUCUGUCAGAAGAUCAAGAAGUUCACAUAGAUCUAGAUGCUGAAAUAUCCACAACAAAAGGUCAGGUAAAAAGGCCUCAUUUUAAUAUGCCCAAAAUCUCUCUUCCUAGGCCAAAGCUUCCAAAAUCACAGGGUAGCCUACCAAAAGUAGGGGCAGAUAUUACUAUGGAAAGAAGUGGAGCUUUGGUACAAAUACCUGACAUAGAGAGCAGUCUGACCACAAGAAAAGAAGAAGGAACUGAAAUAAGCAUAAAAAUGCCAAAGGGUACAUCAAAAGUGGAUAUCAAAGUUCCCCAAAUAGAUACAGAUAUUAAAGCUGAUAUUAAGGUGCCCACAAUGGAUAGUUCAUUUGAGCUGAAGAGUUCAGAAAUAGGUUUUGAAGGUGAAAUCGAUGUGGAUAGUGGAAAUAUACAAACUGAUGAUGUAGAGGGUAAGAUUAGAAUGCCAAAACUCCAAAUGCCAAAGUUUGGAAUUUCAAUUCCUCAAGGGAAAUUGCCAGAGAGUGGGGUCACCUUCCCAAAAACGGAAGGUGAAACUUCUCAGCUACUAGUGACAACAGAAAUUGAAGGACUUCGUGGGAAAGCUCCAACCCUGGAAGUAAAAGCUGAACACGCUGAUGUAGAAAUAAAAGUAUCAGCUGGAGAAAUACAAAUGCCCAGAGUUGACAUCAAAGCUUCUGACAUAUCUGUUUGCACCCCCGCUGAACAGGAUAUAAAAGAACAUGAUGCAAAGUCUGAAGAGAUCCAGACUGAGGAGUCUCAAGGUUGGUUUAAAAUGCCAAAGUUCAGGAUGCCUUCAUUUGGCCGAUCAUCUUCGAAGGUGAAAAAAGCCGAUGCUGAAGUGGAAGGUGGCACUGGAAAAGCUCCCCUUGUUGAAGUACAAGCUGAAAUAAAACCUCCUGAAAUUGCAGCCCAGUCUCCCCAUGCAACUGCUGAAUCAUGUUCUGAAAAGGAUAUUUUAAAAGGCGAAGUCAUUUUUCCUGAAGAGGACAUUACAAAAGGUGGAGUUUCCAUACAGAAAGAAAUUGGCCUAUUAAUGGGUGAAGGCAGUUUUUCACAGCCCUCAGGAAAAGCUGACAGUAAAUUAAGUCCCCUGGGGUCUAAAACGUAUGCUGAUGUAGUUAAACAUGGUGCUGAAGGACAGAGUUUACAUAAAACUCCGUUCACUGUCCCUGCAUCAGAAAUAAGUGUACCAAAAGUAGAUACUGAUAUAACUCGCCCUAAAUGUGAUAUGACACUUCAGCAGCACAAAGUCAAAUCAGAUACUCCAAUAGUGUCUAAGACAUCCUCCACUGAAAUUACUGUGAGUGGAACAGAGAAGAAAAUUGACGCGGUCCUUGCAGAGGCAAAGGUAGUUUUGCAAAGCCCUCAUGCAGCAGCAAAAACUGAAAAGGAGGGACAAAUGAAAUCACCCCAAAAAGAUAUUCAAGGGAAAGAAAGCAUAUUCAAAUUACCAAAGUUCAGUGUGCCUUCAUUUGGAUGGUCAACCACGAAAAGCACAGAGAAAGUUGUGGAUGCUACAUCUGACCUGGAAGAGCCUAUUAUUGCACCUUCAGAAGUUAAAAUGGAUGUUUCAAUCACUGAUGAAGGCUUUGAAAUAAUAGAGUACCCAAUUGAAGGCUUUGAAGAAGAUACACCAGUGGAAAGUGAAGUGAAAGCAGAAGAGGCAGAUGGAUCGAGUAAAACAAAAUCUUCUAAGUUCAAGAUGCCAAAGUUUGGCAGUUUACGUACGAAAUCACGAAGUUCAGAAGUUGACAUUGAUCCACCAAAGACAGAGGCUGAGGUGUCACUAGCUAAAACUGAAGGAGAGAUAUUUAGAAUCCAGGCUCAAAAAGUAGAAGCAUCUCUUGACAUGAAAAGUAAAAAACCAGGAGACACUAUGGACAAAAAAGAUUUGGAAGAUUCAGAGCUAAGUUUCCAUAUCCCCAAACUUAAAAUGCCCAAGUUCACACACGACACAUCUGUAGCUGAAGAACAAAUGUUGACUUCAGAAGGAACAACAGAUAUGAAAUAUGCUGCUACUGAUGGUGAUAGUGCACCUCAACUAGAAUUCAGAACUAUAGUCCUUGAUGAGAAAGUAGAAGACACAGAUUGUAAUAUCCAGAAAUCAAAAGUCAGAAUUACAACACUGUCUGACAUCCAAAGAACACAAGUGGAAAGUCAACUCCCAUUUACAAAUCCUUCUUUUACAGAAACAACCAGACAGAGGCCAAUGGAAUUCAGUGCUAAACUUCCUACAGAGAGAAUAGACACCAUGGAUGGUCAAAUCCAAAAAUCAGUAGCUAAAAUUACAACACUGACUGAACCAGAUAUUCAGACAACACAGCUUGAGAUUAAACGCCCACAUGCAGAUUCAUUUAUUCCAAGUUCAUCACUGCACGUCCAAGGACCAUACAUUGAAGAUAAUGAAAAAAAGAUACAAGGUAAAUCUGCAUUUGGAUCUGAUGAUGCUGAAAGUCAGGAAUCUUUCUCAACUCAGAUAGUAAGAGAAUCUGAAAUUCCUCCAUCAGAUGUUAAAACCGCCACCUAUGGGUUUUCUCUUUUCAAAGUGAAAAUCCAGGAAUCACAUGUGAGCUUAGAUAUACCAGUCAAACUGUCUUCUACAGAAUAUACAAAUGAAACAUUUGAGAGGAAAGAUCACCAAUUUUCAGAUGAAAGUUCAGGAGAAGCAACACAAAAGACCAGCUUUGCUGAACUGAAAUUAUCUGACAAAGGCCAAGAUAUAACUGGCAAAUUUACUGAUGGAGCAUCUUCCACUACUACCCUGACAAAGCUGAAAGCAUUUACAGUUGAAGUACCAUCUUCUAGUGAGUUUGUAGACAGUUCAAGGUUGUCUGAAUCUCCUAUAGAAAUUACAGAAGAGACAGAAGUUACAAGUACUGAAGAAGAGCCAAGAGAUCAAACAGAAAUAUCUGAUAGUAAGAGAUCUUCUGGCAGGUUUAAAUUUUGGUUUCCAAGUAUUGGGUUUUCUUCCUCUGUCGAUGACACAACUUCAGAUUCCAAACCUGAAGCUCAAAAAUCAUUUUCAGAAGAAACACAACUUGAUGACCCAUCCACAUCGGACAGUGACUCUGCCAAACAAACUGAAAAAACUGGAUGGUUUAGAUUUCCCAAGUUAGGUUUUUCAUCUCCAUCAAAAAAGAGCAGGGAAACUGACAAAGAAGAGGAGACACAUCCAGAUGAAAGAAAAGCUCAGAAUGAAGAAAGUCCAACAGAAAAACCAGAAACUUUUUUUGAUGCUCAAGAAACCUUACCAGCUAAUGAGACAAUAACAGAAAGUGAAACCUCAGGGACCGCAACUUUUGCACCCAUUGUUUCAUCUUCAGCAAGAACUGAAUUGAUACUACUAGAGAAAGGGAAAGCUGUAUCCCAAAGCAUUCCUGAAGAGGCAUCAAAAUGAAGUGGCUUCUUUCCCAUCAUAAUUCUGGCAUACAUAAAAAUGUGACAAAUGCUUUAAAAAAAAAAUCAGAAAACUUGUUGCCUUCUUUCAAGCAAAAGAAAAUAGAACAUUACAUUAAAAGGAUCCAGGUUUUUUUUAAUUAUAGUACUGUUUUCAAGAUCACGGAAAUGUAGAAAAAUUGUUCCUAACAAAGACACUUGUUGCAUGGGAUCUGUGCAUAAGGAAACAAAAACAGACAAAGAAAACUACUGACAAAAGGCAUCCAUGGUUCUAAUGAAACCAACAAAGAACCUUUCUACUAAUUUCCACAAAAGUGGUCUUUCUUCAAACCUAUUCAGAGGACUAAAGGCUGGACAAGAAAUUAAAUAUGAUCAUUUGAGAAUAACAUCAAUGAUUUUGUUAUAGAUUAUUUACAAAGAAUAUUAAGAAGCUAAUGCUGGGAAAAUUAGAAACUUAUUUACUUUUUUAGAUUUUAUUUUUUUUUACUGUGUUUCUGCUGCUAUCUUAUAAAAAAUAUUUUCGUUAUCUUCGAGCAAUAGGUGUAUUCCAGGAUUAUUUUAAAACAUAGACCGGACAGUGGAAAUAAUACUGUAAAUGUUGCAAUGCUUAUUCUUCCUUUCCAGAACGGGAGCAGGGUAGCAUUCUGCCAGUUUCUAAGAUCAGUCAAACCUGCAACCCAGUUAAACUGAAGUAUCAGGACCUAAAGUGAUUUACAUAUCAGUCCUAAACAUUUGCACCAACAUACCUAUCUAAUACCUUCCCUGCUAUAGCAACAUUGUAAUGCUAUUAUUUUCUGAUGUACUAGUAGAGCUAUUAAUGCAACCCAUUCUAAGCAUUUGUGCCGGAACAGCAUAUCUAAAUGCUACUUAUGGGGUUUUUUUAAGAAGGAUCUUAGCACCAUUGUCUUAAGGUCUGUGUUGGUGUGCCUUUUGGAGUUUUCUACACAUACAAUAUCAGGACCAUCUGAUAUGAUCACCUGGGUGAAUGAUGUGUGUGUGUGUUAUGUGCCUUCAAGUCUAUUAUGACUUAUAGCGACCCUAUGAAUCAGCAACCUCCAGUAGGAUCUGUUGUAAACCACCCUGUUCAGAUCUUGUUUGGUCUUCCUCCUUUUCUACUCCCUUGUUUUUCCAAGCAUUAUUGUCUUUUCUAGUGAAUCAUGUCUUCUCAUUAUAUGUCCAAAGUAUGAUAACCUCAGUUUCAUCAUUUUAGCUUCUAGUGAUAAUUCUGGUUUAAUUUGUUCUAACACCCAAUUAUUUGUCUUUUUCACGGUCCAUGGUAUCAGCAAAGCUCUCCUCCUACACCACAUUUCAAAUGAGUUGAUUCUUCUCUUACCCUCUUUUUUCACUGUUCAACUUUCACAUCCAUACAGAGAUCGGGAUUACCAUGGUCUGAAUGAUCCUGACUUUAGAGUUGAGUGAUACAUCUUUGCAUCUGAGGACCUUUUCUAGUUCUCUCAUAGCUGCCCUCCCCAGUCUUAGACUUCUUCUGAUUUCUUGACUAUUGUCUCCCUUUUGGUUAAUGACUGUGCCAAGGUAUUGAUAAUCCUUGACUAGUUCAAUGUCCUCGUUGUCCAUUUGAAAGUUACUUAAAUCUUCUGUAGUCAUUACUUUAGUCUUCUUUGCUUGUAUUCAUGCCCGUCCUAUGGCAAGUUAGGAUAAAUGCAUCUGCCACUAUACGUAAGAACGAGCUUUAGCAAUGUCCUUCAAAUAAUUGUUUUGAAAUCUUUGCAAUGGGAAGCUAAAAGAUGGAUCCUGUACAUGAUGCACAUGGCCAGUUUCCCUGGCCUCUAGCUCAGUGUUCUUCAACCUUGCAUCUCCAGAUGUUGAUGGACUACAGCUCCCACCAUCCUUGAUGACUGACCAUGCUGUCUGGGGAUGAUGUAAGUUAUAGUCCAACAAUAUCUGGGGACCUAACAUUGAACUGUGCUCUAGCUGAUUGUCUGAGCAGAUUCCCAGUUUUAUAGUGGAUACAGGAUGAAUACAAAUGACCAUUUACCUUAUCAUGUGACAACUUACCACACAGUAUGCACUUAAUUCCUUAAAAUUGGUUGUCCAUAUUGUCCUGCGAAGCAGUGAGAAUUUGACCUCCUUCCUCCUUCCUCAGAUUUCUAAUCAGGUAGAGAAAUGUGGCAGAAUUCUUCAUGCAACUUGGCAGUUUAAUACAAACCCUCUUCCCCUGUUCUUCCCUCACCAUCAUGUGAGGGGGAGGGUCGGCCCAAGACUUUAUGCUGCCUGAGGUGAAAGACAGGAUGGUGCCCCAUGCCCUACCCACAUACAGAAGCCAACCACGUGGUACCUGAAUCUUACUUCAAUACUUGCAACAGGCAGGACAGUGCACCUGAGGGCAGCAGGCUCCCUUAGGAGACACAGGGCAGUCUUGUGGCACCCAUAGCACUAUCCUCCAAGACCUUUCCACUUAUCUCCACCUCCUAGCAUCUGCUGCCUGAGGUGGUCACUACACUCUGCCUAAUGGUAGGGCUGGCCCUUUCUGUACACAUAUAGGCACUCCUUGUAAUUUAGAACCCUGGUUUUUCCAUGUUCUAAAUAGCACAGGUAACAUGAGUACAAAAGGAUCCCUGGUGCAGAAGUUCCCUUCCCAAUGUGGAAGGCAAUGAAGGGGACAUGACAGACAGGAUGUGAUGGGGCCAACAGAAUCAUACCCACUUUCCUCCUCAUUGUAUGAGGUCUGAAGAGGGCUACACUCAACUUUUUAAAAAAAUGCCUAUAUACAUACCGACUUGUCAAUAGUCAUCUGUAUUCAUUCAUUGACAAUCAUUUACAAAGUGUGAAUCAUCCACCACAGUGUGAAUGACCCCAGUUGGUAAGCUGUUUUUUGUAUCCUUCUGACAAAGCAGUAAAAAGAAUUUCCCGACAGAACAGGUACAGAAAUGUGGCCACAUUGUCCUCUGUAGUCACUCUCAGUCCAAAGACAUGCACUGGGCACACCAGAUUCAUUGACGUUCAUCAAGAAUAAAACUGACGUGAAAUACAUCUAACCACUCAAAGGUGGCAUUCAUUGGCAUCAGUCUUAAGACAAGGGUCAUAAGAUCCAACUCUCUUGAUAAAAAGAACCUUCUGAUCAGUACAAUGCUUCCACUGAAUGAGGCCUGAAGUAGCUUAAAGUCAAGUACUUCAGUAUGACUGGAUUGUAAACUGUCAUUCAUGUGUCUUCAAAAAUAAAAACAAUAGUCAUGACAGGAGUGUAACAUUUGAAGUAUAGACAGAAGGGAGCAUAGGUAAGUGGCUUUAAGUUUUUCCUAGAGAUGUAAGUUGUAAAUAGUUAUUGUUUGCCUUUUGGAUUAUAUGACUGCUUCUUACACAUAUGCAGCCAACAAGAUGGUACAUAUAUACCUGUCAAACAUUGUGCUUAUGUACAGCAAGAACGUUGAAUGUAUCCUGGCUAUGCCCCUGAUAUGGAAAUAAAAGCAGUAUCAUUAGUAUUGUGAUAAUAA